UUCGCCCUGUGACACCCGGCGGAAGUAAACAAACAAAAGCAAAGCGCUAGCGUCGUUAGCUCCAUGGAAAUGUUCAGUUAGCCGGGAGACGGUGGUGUGGUCGGGUCGCAGGUCAAUCUUCCAGCUGCAACGAAGCAGCGAUGUCUUCGCUUCAGUGUCUGAGACGGUUCGUCGACGAGCGACUAACCGCCGCUGCCGAAGAAAUAUUCGGAGCCUUUGAAAAAACCAUCGUCGAGUACGAGGAAGAGGUCGCUCGUCAGCGCAGACUGCUGGAUAUCGUCUGGAAACCAGAAAUAAGGUUACACAGGACAGAGCUCCCACAGCAGCAUGUAUGUAAAGAGGAGGAGGUUCUCACUGACCAGCAGCUCUUAGACCAGGAGAGGGACUCCAGUCUGGACCAAGAGGACCCAGAGCCACUACAGAUUAAAGAGGAACAGGAGGAAAUCUGCACCAGUCAGGAGGGAGAGCGGCUUGUACUGAAGCAGGAGACUGAUACCUUUAUGUUGACUCCUGGUAAUGAGGAAAGUGACCACAGAGAACCAGAACCAGACAUUGACCACCAGCUCCUCUCUAGCAACUCUCCUGUAGCUGAGAGCCAAGAGCAGAAAGGAAGCGAACAUGUGGACUCAGGAUCAACUACAAAUGAAGAGCCAAAGCCACAGAAGAGACGUCACAAAAACAGGAGUCACAGUAACAAUGUAUACAACUCUCCCAUGUCAAAGAUUGACUCUAAUACUCACAGAGGUGAAAAGUCUUUCAAAUGUGACACUUGUGGAAAAGCUUUUGAGUAUAAGUCUGGAUUGAAUAAUCAUCUGAGAAUCCACACGGAUGAGAAACCAUAUUCUUGCGAAAUGUGUGGGAAGUGUCUCAGAACUAGAAAAGGAUUUUUAAUCCACAUAAGAACUCACACAGGUGAGAAGCCAUAUAUUUGCAACAUUUGUGGGAAGAGAUUUAGUGACACUCCAACAUUGAAAAAGCAUAUGCGAGUGCACACAGGUGAGAAGCCAUAUUCUUGUGAAACAUGUGGGAAAAGUUUUGUAUGUAGUAGUGACUUGAAAGUCCACAUAAGAACUCACACAGGUGAGAAGCCGUACCCCUGCAGCAACUGUGGGAAAAGAUUUAGAGACACCUCAGCAUUGAAAAAGCAUAUGAGGUUGCACACAGGUGAGAAGCCAUAUUUAUGCAAAAUAUGUGGGAAAAGUUUUGUACGCAGUGGUCAUUUGAAAGUCCACAUAAGAACUCACACAGGUGAGAAGCCGUACUCCUGCAACACCUGUGAGAAAAGAUUUAGAGACACUUCAGCAUUGAAAAAGCAUAUGAGAACUCACAGAGGUGAGAAGCUGCACUCCUGAAACGCCUGAAAGAAAAGAUACUUCAAUGUGUCUCAGCUGGGAAGGAAUAUAAGGUCACAUACGGACAAGUAGCCUCGUGUUUUUAAAAUAUGUGGGAGAGCAUUUGGUUCUAGUGGUUCAUGGACUAAACACACUGGAACCGACAGAAGUGAAAACCACAUAAUUGCAGCUCUUGCGGGAAAAUGUUUUUGUCAGAGAAUCAGUUCACACAGGAGAAACCGUCAAGAUGAAACUUGAGAGGAGAAGAGUUCAGCAACUGAAUGAAACACACUUUCACAACAGCUACAUCUCUGUAGUUGAAUGUAUGAAAUUUCCCAGUGAGAAGAGGUCACAGUAUCUCAGUUUAACGUAGUACAUUGUCAACAAUGCCAUCAGGUUUGGUUAAACUACCUUCGUUGUCUCCCUUCAUAUGACUGCAUUACUCAUAUUCGCAACAGUAUUUCUUUGAAAAUUGUAUUGAAAUCACCCAAAUCUGGGAAAAAACA